AGCGAUAUCAAGAAACAGCUAUUAACCGAGAGUUGUUUGCCGUAGAAAUCCUCGGUUAAUUCGAUGGUGCGACAGAACAAAGACCAAAUCGUUACAGAGAAAGAGUCGAUGGUGGAGUUUCCAAAAAUGAUUUUGUCUUGCAAUCGUUAGCUGAUUCAACAGGAUUAGAAGUGGAACGUCCAGUAUCUGUCGAGAUGUCCAUCUUAGGAGUAGCUUUUUUAGCUGGUUUACAAUGUGGACUGUGGAAGAACAGAGAAGAAUUGUUAAAUCUCCGUCAAACGGACAGGAUAUUCAAGCCAAACGAAGAAUCGCGAUUAUCUUAUCAAUACGUGCUGAAACAAUGGAAACGCGCAUUGGAGCGUUUUAAAAAUUGGUACUGACAAUAAUUCCCAAAUAAAAACAAUUUUUUAAUGUUUACAUGUA